AUUAUUCUCGCAUGUUUUUUAAUCCAAAAAAAAGGUAUGAUUUUCGAAUGUUUUUUUCAGGGUUGAGGAUGGCGUCUCCACAACCUUCGCCAAGCCGGCUGAGCAAAUACACAACAAUGGGACACCGGUACCUCUCCCGUUGGGUAUCGUGGUCUGGGACUAUCGUCACUCCUCCAGGUUCCCCCUCCAGGAGCUCACCUAGUGAGGGCCUGUCCCUCUCCCCACAGCCUCCAAGAGCCUUCCAGCCGAGGUCGAGAGCAUCCUCCAAGGCUUCUAACAUGUCGGAGAAGACACCAGUGGCGUACCCACUGGUGCCCAAGCUGCCGGUGCCUCCCCUGGGCCACACCCUCACCUGGUACCUGACUCACCUGAGGCCCGUCUUGCGUGAAGAUGAGUACCGGGAGGCGGCGGCUAUCGUAGAUGAGUUUGGCAAGCCAUCAGGUGUGGGGGAGAAGAUCCAGGAGGAACUCAUCAAGCGUCACGAUGCCUUGGACAAUUGGGUGUAUAACUGGUGGCUGGACGACAUGUACCUGAGCGUGGCGCUGCCGCUGCCUGUGAACAGUAACCCGGGGAUGGUCUUCCCUCACCAGAAGUUCGCAUCAGACCUCGAUAUGAUCCACUUCGCAACCCGCCUCGUCACCGCCUCCUUCGACAUGAAGGAGCGGAUUGAAGUAGGGGACCUGGACGUGGAUCGGUGCAGCGCAAGGGAGAGGUACCAGCCCAUGUGUAUGACCCAGUACAACCGGGUCUUCUCCUCCUACCGGAGGCCGGCCAUACCCAAAGACAAGCUGCUCUCAGUCACAGACUACCAGCAGGAGAACCAGCACAUCGUCGUCUUCUAUAAGAACCAUAUGUUCCGGGUGGAAGUGGUGGUCGAGGGUUCGAGACUCACCCACCAGCAGGUGACGGCACAGCUGCAGGAGGUACUCAGGGCCGUGGACGAGUACGAGGGUUCGGAUCCCCCUCCCGUGGGCAUCAUGACAGCAGACAACCGCAGAACUUGGGCUCAGAGCCGACAGAUAUUGGCAGGAGAGGCGGAAAACCAGAAGGUGCUGAAGAUCGUAGAGACGUGCGUGUUGGUGCUGUGCUUCGACGACCCUCUUCCCACCAGAUUCAACCUGGCCACCCGCACCAGUCACCGGGCCAGCCUCACCAAGCGCUCCUCCAACAUGAACAUGAACACCCAGAACACGACGUAUGAGGACUCGAAGACCCGGGACGAGGUGAACGCCGGCCACCAGAUGAUCCACGGAGGAGGCUUCAACCACAACUCAGCCAACAGGUGGUUCGACAAGACCGUCCAGUUCGUACUGACUCGUGACGGGUGGUGCGGGCUGUGUUACGAACACUCGUGCGCUGAGGGCAUCGUCGUUAUCCAACUGGUAGAACAGAUUCUUCAAUCAAUCGCCUCCGAAACGCACAAGGAACCGGGGGAGGAAUGUUUGCCAGAGGGGCUGGUGCAUCCUGUCGAGGUGCUGCCGGAGAGGCGGCACUCGGAGACGUCAGCCCCAGUGGAGUCCGUUGCGACACCUACCAGACUGGAGUGGAAUGUCACUCCAGUCAUUCACCGGCGAAUGCAGGAGGCUGCAGAUCAUGUUGAUAGGCUAGUUGAAGAUCUCGACUUCCGCAUCCUAAGGUACCUGAGCUACGGCAGGAAUUUCAUGAAGAGAGCCAAGUGUUCCCCCGACGCCUUCAUACAGCUUGCUCUGCAGCUUGCCUUCUUCAGGAAUCACGGCCAGCUCACGAGCACCUACGAGAGCGCCAGCACCAGAAGGUUCCGGUUGGGCCGCGUCGACUGCAUCAGGGCCAACACGCCGCAGGUGCUGGCGUGGUGUGAGGCCAUGGUCAUCAAUGCCCCGUUCGCCGACCGCCUGGCGAAGUACGAGACGGCCAUCAAGCUGCAAACUGACAUCAUGGUGAAUAAUAUUCUUGGACGGGGGGUCGACAUCCAUCUCCUGGGGCUCAGGGAGAUGGGGAAGGAGAUGGGCCUCCCUACCCCGGAGAUCUUCAGCCACCGGUCAUAUCAAGUCUCCAACCACUUCAGACUCUCCACUAGUCAGGUCCCUACGCUCUCAGACUCCUGGAUGGGCUACGGACCCGUUGUUCCUGACGGCUAUGGAGCAUCUUAUAACCCUCAUCCAGACUACAUAGUCUUCUGCCUCUCCGCCUUCAAUUCUUGCGAGGAAACGUCCACUCUCGAAUUCGGCAGAAAUCUGGAACGAGCUCUGGACGAGAUGAAAUUCCUCCUGGAAUCUAGAGUCAAAUAGGGUCUUUUUCCCCACUGAGUAAACAACGAUUUUGGACAUUUUUGUUUCGUGGUUAUUUAUAAGGGUAUUUGGACGGCCAUCCAUCCUAGGUGCUCUCUGGCCUUUCAUGAUCUAAAGCGGCGUGGAUCUUGAACAAAAAUGAUAAAUCUAACUUAUAUUGUAGUACACUAUCUACCUGCGAAUAAAUUUAAAGAUUAAUUUUAUAUCAUUACAGCUGUUGUUAGAUGUUGAUGAAUGCAACCUUCAUUAUGCAUAUACAUAUAUUAUGCAUAAAUACGUACAUAAAUACUUUAUAGAAAGUACAUUAGCUAGUAUUUAAAGACAUUUGGUCCGAUUAAAAUCAAAGAGAAUAUCGAGUUUACAUAUAUACUUCAGAAUGAAAACAGCUGUUGAUAGCUACAGGCUACUAGAGGCAGCUGUUUAACUAGAGGCAGCUGUUUAACUAGAGGCAGCUCAGGUCAACUAGAGGCAGCUCAGGUCAACUAGAGGCAGCUCAGGUCAACUAGAGGCAGCUCAGGUCAACUAGAAGCAGCUCAGGUCAACUAUAUCCUGACGGAAUGACAUUACACUUAAUUAUUUUAAUAAGAAAGUUAAAAUGGUUUUGCUGCGAUUCAAACUCGGAUUAGGUUAGGUUAGGUCAGGUCAGGUCAGGUCAGGUCAGGUUAGAUUCCGUGACUGUGGCUGUUUUAGCAACAGUGAACAACGGAGGAAGUAUUGAUGACAUCAUGGGAGCAUCACAGAGCUUUUGGAAGGGAAUAUGAAUAACACGACCUAUCAGGACGGUGAGAUAAUUGCUGCCCAUCAGAUUGCUAGUUUAGUGUUUGAAUUAAGGCUUAGGCCUCUCAACCGCGAGAAGAUAAUUAAGAAUUUCUCUAAAGCUUAAUGACCUUAGUCCUAUAUACAAUCUAGAACUCAAGUAAAAUCGAAAUUUAUAUUGAGAUUUUAUAUAUAAAUAUUUUAUAUAUAGAUAUUAUAUAUAAAUAUCAAUUUAUAUAAUAAAGAGAAUAGAUGAGAAAGAGAAAUAUAGCGUCAAAUGACAAGGGAGGAAUGGAAAAGAAGUUUUGAAAAGAUGACUUUGAUGGAAAGAGAUAGAGUCGAGGGGAAAAGUUGGGAGGUGGGAUACAGAAGUUCGGCACGUGGAUGGAAGAGAUGUCAUCUCAUUGUGGGAGAGAGGAUGGAGAGGGCCGCUUCUUGUAGGACAGGAGAGUGGAGGAUACUUAGUUUUCAGUGUCCUUCUAUGAUGAGUUUUUUUCUCCUUUUCUGCCUAAGUGUUAGUACCAAUCUUGUUUCUUUCACUAAACAUUCUUUCUCUCUCUCUCUCACUCUCUCUCUCUCUCUCACUCUCUCUCUCUCUCUCUCACUCUCUCUCUCUCACUCUCACUCUCUCUCUCUCUCACUCCCUCCAUCCCGUAGUCUCUCCCUUCUCUCACCUCCAUAAAUCUCCCUCUUCAUCAAUUUCUGUAUUUAUUACUCACUCCUCUCCUUAUACUCACCUAUACCUAUUCUUCUUUCCAUCUAAAGAAGAUCUAUCUAUCUUCUUCUAUCUUCUUUCUAGCUACAAAUUAUAGACAUAUCAUAGGAAACAACGUUAAACGUUGUGAACAGAAUUCUAUUAUUUUGUUUUGUUUUUGUAAAGGAAAUUGCUCACAAUCCUUUAAGUUAGAUACAUCCUAGAGAAUGAAGAAUACUCACGGCUUAGAAGCACCCAUUUUGCCGGUUCGAAUCCCCUGCACGGCUCCAAUUCAUUUCCUCAAAAACAUCACAUAUUACUCUUAUAGCAAUAAUGGUCUAAGCCAACUUUAAGUCUAAAGCUCAGUCUAAGUUUUACGUUCGAACUCUCGUGGAACUUUCCUGUGACAGGAUUUAUUUUUUUAGAUUUUUAAAAAUAUCUUUGACAUGAUUAUAUAAACAAUUAUGUGUCUAAUGGCCUGGUUUACCUGAGCCAGAGUUUCAGAGUGAUCAUAAGUAUAAGAAGAGAACUCACCUCUUCUCUUGUCAGAAGACGAGAAAACUCAAAUAUUCUCUUGUCAGAAGACAAGAAAACUCAAAUAUUUUCUUGUCAGAAGACGAGAAAACUCAAAUAUUCUCUUGUCAAAAGACGAGAAAACUCAAAUAUUCUCUUGUCAGAAGACGAGAAAACUCAAAUAUUCUCUUGUUAGAAAAAUAUAAAAAUAAACUAAUAUAUAUAUAUAUAUA